AUGAAACCACAUCCAAGAGGAACCAUAGCACGAGUGACAGCACUAGCUACUCUGGUUAUUCCGGGUAGCUUAAAUGGGGCUGGUAAUGAGUGGUACACAUGUACCACCAUUAUAGUGAUCGACUCUUUAGUUGUGGAUGCCUGUAGUUUGGCAAUUAUUUAUGGGAGGUCCGAAAGGAGGUCUCACGAAAAGAAAGAGAUGGAAGAAGGAAGUGGAACUGUAAAUGGAAGUAGUGUCAAUAGUCGUUUUUAUAUGAAGUGA